GCUUCGCUUCUUUACCUCCGCGUGUCCAUCCUAGAUUCUAGCGCUAGCGUCCAGAGGACUAAAAUGGCGUAGAAAAUGGUCAAGUUGAAGACGACAUCGGUUUAGUUGUGCGAGAACGUUGUGCUGACCGCCAUGAGCAGCUAUGGCAGACACGGAUACUCCUAGCACGCAGCCGCCUGAGGAAGAAGAGCCUCCUCAGGCAGUAGCAUCGUCUCGUGUGGCAGCAGCGAACGAGGAGAAGCCAGCCGCCAAAGAAGGCAACGGCACAUCGACAAGAGAGAGACUUUUUACGAAGUCGGGUGAGGAAGAUGCUCUGGCAGUGGCCUCGAGCCCUGACGGUCGCUUCCUCAAGUUCCCAGUGGAAGUCGGCAGAGGUUCGUUCAAGACCGUCUUCAAAGGACUUGACUCUGAGACGGGAGUUGAUGUAGCAUGGUGUGAAUUGCAGCCAAAACGAUACAGCAAAGCUGGAAUUGCUCGGUUCAAGGAUGAGGCGCAGAUGUUGAAGAUGCUUCAGCAUGCCAACAUACUCAAGUUCCAUGAUUUCUUCGAGCUGACGGACAAAAAGCAGAGGGUCGUUGUGCUGGUCACGGAAUUGAUGACAUCAGGGACACUGAAGACGUAUUUGAAGCGGUUCAAGGGUGAAGGCGUGAAGCCGAAAGUGAUGAAGCAUUGGUGUGUGCAGAUCCUGAAAGGUUUAAAGUUCCUCCACAGCCACACACCGCCGAUCAUUCAUCGCGACUUGAAAUGUGACAACAUCUUCAUCACUGGGACGACGGGACUUGUCAAGAUAGGAGAUCUAGGCAUGGCUAUUCUACGUCACAAGUCGCACGCGGAGAGUGUUAUUGGCACCCCAGAGUUCAUGGCACCUGAGAUGUAUGAAGAGCACUAUGAUGAGUCGGUCGACGUCUACGCCUUUGGCAUGUGUCUGGUCGAGAUGGCAACGCUGGAAUACCCUUAUAAGGAAUGCUCCAAUGCUGCUCAGAUUUACCGCAAGGUGACAUCGGGUAUAAUGCCAUUGUGUCUGAACAAGGUUGAAAACCCCGUGCUGAAGAAGCUGGUCAACGAUUGCUUGAAGUCCGAGAAGAAUGGCAGAUUGACUAUCUUUCAGCUGCUCCGCCAUGAUUUCUUCAAUGAUGAGGUCCCAACGCCUGUGGUUCGCUGCAACACUAGCUUGAAGGAUGAAGGAGUGUUGGGAUUUCACAUGGAAUUGAAGGAUGAGAAGUCUGAGGAAACGACGCUCAUUGAUUUCUCUUUCAAUUUAGAGAAUGACGCACCUGAGACUGUGGCCAAAGACAUGAUUCAUAACCAACCAGAGUACCUUCGUCCCGAGCACUCCAAGCCAAUUGCAAAGGUAAUCCGUCAGGAGCUGCGUAAAGUCAAGGAGCAGAAAGGACAGGAUCCCAGUUCUGCCAUGGCACAUGGCACUAUGGUGUCUCAACCAUCUUCUGAGAACCUUGCGCUCGCAGCCACCACAGUAUCGUCAGGUAGCUCAAUAGCUACAGCCUCAGCAGCCGGAACGAACCUUGUCACAUCCACUUUGUCAGCUGGAGACGUAUUGGCUCAACCAGGAAGUGAUACCCAGCCUUCACCUCAACAAGCAAGCAAGCUCCAGGCAGAGAAGGCAGUAAUCAGCGCGAAGCAGGAGGCUGGCCAGGAGAAAGAUGUCCCACGGUCUCCAGAGCCUGUGCCAGCGAGCACUGGCCCCGCGUCCCAGCCGCAGCCUAGUGCGGGAGACACGGCUACCACUGCUGCCCCUGUUGGCACUAAUGGCAAGCCGAGUGGCACUGGCUCUGCCAGACCCGCUUCAGUGCCAGUCAAGACCCAGGCCCAGGCCACCAGCGCAGCAAUCACCGAUGUCCCCACAUCCACGACUCACGCAGCGCCGGGAGUGGCAUCAAGCACAGCGUCGCUGAAUCGGUCAUCAACCUUGUCCACGCUGGAGGCCAGUCAGACGGCUGUAAAUGUAACGGCAGCUGCGUCCAUUCCAAGGUCAUCGUCCAUAUCAUCGGUGGGCGCUGGUGGACAGGGUGCAGGCGGAAAGCCCCGUGCCAAGAAGGGUGUGAAAGAGGUGCGGCCCAUGAAGUUGAUAUGGCAACGUCUUCACGAUGGCAUUCUGCACUGCAGCCUGUCGAAUCGCGGGAACCAAGUAGACUUCCAGUUCAGUCUCACGGAUGACAAGCCAGAUGACAUUGCCAAGAGUAUGGUUGACAGUCAGCUAAUUGUGGCUAGUACUGUUGGAAAGCUGUCCAAGCUACUUCAGGGUGUCAUCAAGGAAAUUGUAGCAUCACAUCCCAAGGUGGCCAGUGGAGAGCAAACGGAAACCAUCAUUAAUCCACAAGCUGAUCAGAACUAUCCAACAGAUACUGAUUUGGGUAUUUCCCCUGAACAGCAGCCGCAGCAGCGGAAGACUAGCGAGCCCAAUACGGAUGUGUGUCUGCCGGAAGCGGCGGCAAACACUACAGUAGCAGCAUCAGCACCAGUUGUAGCACCUGCAGCAUCAUGCACCAUCGCGCCGUCAGCAACCAGUGCUGCGAGCACAGCAAUAGCAACGAACAACAAUGGAACAGCGGUGGCACCUAGUGUGGCUGCUGCCGUGUGCCAGUCAGACAACUGCAGCAGCACGGUACCGCCAUUCACACGCUCUAUAUCAGGCGUAUCCAUGAACAGCGGCAGCACGUCAUCCUAUGCAGCUGCUGUGUCGAGCGGGUACAACACGGCAUCCAUGUCGUCAUCAUCGGGUGCUACUGCAGCGUCCACGCUGACCACUGCCAGUGUAACAUCAAGCGGUGAGAUUCAGGCCGGCACUGCCGAUGAUGUCACUGGUGAAUUUGAACAAGUGAGAAACAGUUCAUCUUCCGCCCUAGCAACCAGCGGCAGUGACGACAACUUCAAACAGCAACGCUCGAAGUUCACAGUGGAAGAUGUUUUCGAGGACGGGAGCAGUCCCGAACCCAUGGUCCCUGGAAAGCAGGAAGCCAAUGUGGCCCAAUCUUCUGCCCAGACCGUGACGCGACCUGCCGCAUCUCAAACCAAUUCACCUGUUGCAGAGCGCGCACAAAAGAAAGCCCAUGUGAUUGCUGAGACUGGGCAGCAGGCCAGUACAUCGGGCGAGGCGUCGCAGCGGUCCAGUUGCCGUUCAUCACCUGUAUCCUCCACUGACCAGGUACUACAAGCAAAACGGGAUUCUGCAUCAUCGACGCCUCCGUCAGCCGAGAGAUCGAUCAAUACCUCGCCUAUACCUCUAUCUGCAGUAUCCACAUUUGAGCCGCCUGCAGCCGUAGCAUAUCAGUCACAACCCGAGGCCAUGCUAAUUGUUGAAGGGGCAAUCUCCAGGUUCUCAGUGGACGAUGUUGACGAUGAGAUCGCAUCCACGAUAUCAGAAGGUCCUAUUGCCAGCCUAGAGGAGCUUGUGCACCACUCUGGCGAUGAUCACAGACAGGAAUUGCCUCAGCCCAGCAAUAUGGCUUUUGAGCAUAGCAGACGGGAUGUACGAAACAUCGAAACGGUUGCUAAUGAAGUUCCACCUAGUCUACUCGGCGUUCGAUCUUUGACAGGAUCUCAGGCAUCAUUCGUCAGCAGCUCGUCAUCUUUAGGUGAUGCAUCAGCUCAAUCAAACGUGCAGACAGGUGAUUCUACCAUCCUUGCUGCUGCUGCUGCUGUUGCAAAACACGUGAUAGCUCGAGCUCCAAGCAUUGAAAGUGGUAAUGAACAGGCCAGUCAGCGUGCUGUGUUUGAUGGCACGGCCACUUGCUCUGUGGAGACAGGUGUGCGGCCGGCAGGGAGUAAUGCCGGUGGACAUAUUACUGGAGUUGCUGCUCCAGCAGUUAUAGGCGGCGGCGGUGGCGAGGGUGGCGGUGUUCCUGUGUGUCUACCAAAUGCACAACCGCAACAACAACAAGCCCCGCUCACUUCUCAGCUGUCUGGUGGGAGCAGCGACCUUGUGUCGCCCUCACACCCAGAGCAGAUUCCCCAGGCCAUGUUCUCACAUGGAACAACAUCACAAAGAAGCAACGUAGCCAACACGAUCAUCACGGGCAGCAGCAGCGAUCGUGGUGGCAUACCAGCAAUUAGUGACAGCGGCGGCCAUAUGUUUGACUGCAACCAGAGCACCGCCUCGUCCACCAUGAACGGUCGUGUGGAUAGUGGUGAGAGUAUUGGACAUCAGCUAACUGUCGGUAGCACUGCAUCGGCUACACAGCCCUACUUGCCAAUGUCACACUUUGGUGCCGGUGGUGUUGGUCUGCAUCCGGCCUCAGACCAACGGCAUCACACCCACACCGGUAAUGGUGCUGAGCCAGCUCACUUAUCCAGUGGGUAUGGUAGCCAAGCCUUGGCCGGUACAGCAGCAGUAGCAGCAUUGGGAGCGCCUCCAGCCGCGGAUGUACUUCCAGCCGGGCUUGCACGAAUUGGCGAGAACGCACGGCCUGGUGCUGGUAUUACAGCAGAUACAAUUAGUUCUCUCAGCUUUUUGAUUCACGACGAGAAAUUUGUGCAGAUUAGCAACAGACAUCGAGCAGAGAUGCGAGAGCUGAAAGAGAGACAGUCACGGGAGUUGCAUGACUUCAUGACACGUCGCCGUGAGGAAGAGAACCCCUCCGUCGGACUCAGCACGUACAGCGGCGGUUCUUCGACGCCGUCCGAUGGCCAGUUGGCGCGUUUUGGUAGUGCAGGGUCCCGGCCUGGACACCCGCUGUUGUCUAUGAGUAACUCCAGUAUCGGCAAAGCCCCCGCAGGUGUGCCAGCAGCGCCAGUAGCGCCAUACCAGACUCACCACAGGACUGCGUCGGAUGAGUACGUCCCGGAUCCAGCGUACCUGCAGCAGACUGCUCCAGUACAGCCGCAGCAGCAGCAGCAACCACAGCAGCAGCCGCAACAACAGCAGCAGCAACCUCCACAGCAGCACCAGACAGGGCCAGUGCAGAAGACUUCCACCGUAACCCAACACCAAAUGCACCCUGGCCCCACUACUGUUGUUCCAGCUCAGACUGUUUCCGCCACACUGCCCCAGCAGCAGCAGCAGCACACAAACUCAGCACAGGGACCGCAAGUAGCAAUGCACGCCGCCAGUGCUUCCCAAGCGCAUGCGCAGCUGAUGCAGGACAUGGUCGCGCAGCAGCAACAGCAUCUCAAUCUUAUGGCUAGCAAACAAUUCAACCAAACUGGCUAUCAGAACAGUGGCCACAACACCAUGCCCUCUCAGUCAGCACCAUCUCAGCAGCUGCAGCAACAAGCACACCAGCCGUCACAGUACAGCCAGCAACAGCAGUCCGGAACACAGCAGCAGACCCAUUCGAAUGGCCAUCCGCUGUCCCAGUCUACACAGCAUGGCCAUUCAGAAGCUGAAACGCAGUCCGGUGCUUUCCCUAGCCCGUACUUGCGCCACCCAUCCAAUCAGCAGCAGCAGCAGCAGCAGCAGCAUCACCACUCAGGAGCUGCCCGCACCAGCCAAGACCAUGCAUCUCUCAGUCAGCCGUUGCGGCAGCAGGUUUUACACCAGCAUGUGCAGCAGCAACAGCAGCACCAGCAGCAGCAACAGCAGCAGCAGCAGCAGCAAGCACAGCUGCACCAAUUGCAGACUCAGCACCAACAACAUGCCGGCGAUAGUGUACCACAAACACCAGGAGUACCGCCCUACGGUGGCCAAGUAACACCGCAUGCUGGUACUGCCUCUGUGCAGAGUUUCAACUACCAAAGUCACACAGCCAACGAGCGUGUCCACCAACAGCAGCAACAACCACACCAGCCAUCCUCAGGACUGCCUGCAAGUGCAGAUCCAUCAGUUGGCCAUUCUGGUCAUUUUGUCCCACCACACCAUGGUGGUAGCGGGCCUUCAUCUGGGCGAAACCCUGGCCAAGCAUCCAUGCACCAGCCGCUGCAGAACACUUCCGGAGGACCCCUCAGUGUUCAGCAGGCCUAUCCCUCAGGAUCCUCGCAGCAUCCUGGCCAAUUCCCAGCUCAGAACCAUGACCAGAAGUCAGGAGCUGCUAACAGUCACUUAACCAUGCAUGCCAAUGUUCCACCGCACCAGCAGCAGCACCAGCAGCAGCAACAUCAUCACCAGCAGCUGCAGCAACAGCAACAACAACAGCAGCAGCAGCAGCCGCCUUUAGUAGCAGUGCCAAAGUAUCUGGGCUCCUCAACAGAGUCGCUAAGUGAGCCGAUGCAACAGAGCAUUAUGGACCCAUCAUAUGGUAAGCAGGUACCAAGCAAGGCAAUGCAACAUCCCACUAUUCCUAUGCAACAACAGCAUCAUCAGCAGCAGCAGCCCCAACACCACCAUCAACAAGUUCAUCAUCCGACGCAGCAGCAGCACCAACAGCCAAAGCAACAAGGUCAGCAACAGCUGCUUCAUCAAGCGCAGCAGCAGCAAGCAGUUCCUACACCAUCUCAGCAUCAGAUAUCUCAACAACAACAGCAACAGCAUAUGGUCCAGCAGCAGCAACCAGUGAAUUCUGCUGGUCAGUCUGGCCCACAGUAUGCCAAUGCAGGCACUUACGAUCCUGCCAACAAUCAGAUGUCUGUGAAUAACCUGGAGGACUUGCAGGCACUGACCUAUGCAAACGUGGCUGCGAAUACGAUGAGCAACUCUCGGCAACAACCUGCAUCAGGGCCACCGUCCAGACCUGUAUCGCAGAUGGGCGGUGACAUGGCUGCAAUGAAAAGCUUGUUUGUGCCAGUGGCUACAACUGCUGACGGAGCGAUUAGCACUGCCCCAGAUCACCAUCACAAUGGUGGCGCCGCAGUGAGUGCUAUGCCCAGUGUUGGCUUGCCCGCAGCGAUGGGAACCACUAGUGGAUCACAGCAACGUCAGAUCAGCCCUCCAGAUCUGAACAGCAGCUAACUUGCUGGCUGUUUUGUACUAUCUGGGCACUGUGAAAGUUACGAUGUUAGAAUAUCCUGUACGGCAACAGCGCAUUCAGCCAGCUACCCGCACAACCUGCCCUGAUAAGUUGAAAUGUGAAUCUUGAUGAAGGUAUCAUCACUGCAUCCAGCUCUGUAUGUAUGAGCUUGACUCUGGCUGGCAGUGCUCAGCGUGUUGUGUGAAUGACGCAUUGUCAUGCCAUUCCGGACGAAUGUGCGCUCCAAAAGGUCUGUUCUUUCCCUUAUGGGCCAGACUUAUAGAAUGCUCUCUCCAGUUGUUCUCUUCAGGUCAUGCUUAUCCCUUCACGAUCUCAGAAAUUACCUCAGCACCUGAAGUAUUUGUAUGUGUGUAUGUAUCUGUGCGCGAGAGAGUAUGUGACUUGAUACCACCGUUGAACAAACAUGCGUACAGUCAUCAAGUUGACCACAUGUUCAAGCGUACAAGAAUUUCAAGUUUUUUCUUUCCGUUAAAAUAUCGCACGAUCAAACAGAUUUUAUCACACCUAUUUUUUCUUGCAGAAGCUACCCCCCCCCCCUCUCUCUCUCUCUCCUCCCGUCCCCCAUCACAUUGCAGCCUUGUAACGUUACAACGGUUAUGCAAUGCCCUUUGACUAUACUCCGGGUCACUGAGGCCGUGGUUUGUUUGCACCGAAUUACAUUUUAAACAGUGAUCAGUUCCGUGCCCACUGCCGAGGACUUGCUGGCUUUGUCAUCAUUACUGUCUUGCACCGCCACUUCUGAGAGGCUCCUGUUUCGUUGUAUUUUUAAAUUCUAACCUUGUCGUUUCAUUCUCCCCAGAAGUCUUUGCAACUGACACACAAUACUAUACUAUA